AUGAAAGUUGCCAAAGAGAUCGUGUCGGCGUGUCAGAAUGUUGGAUUUGCAUAUAUUACCAACCAUGGCAUUCCUGCAGAGCGCCUGGCGGAGGCAUUUGCAUGGUCAAAACGGUUUUUUGACCUCACGCCCGAGCAAAAGCUCCAAGCUCCACACCCGAAUGGUUCUUCAAUCCAUCGGGGAUAUUCCUGGCCAGGCCUCGAAAAGGUAUCACAGGAAAUGGGUGAUAAGGACAUGCCGGAAUUAAUAAUAAAGAAAUUGCGAGCUAUCCCCGAUUAUAAGGAAAGCUAUGAUAUGGGAAGUAAUGAGGAUUCUCACCAGCCGAACGUCUGGAUUCCCGAAGAUACGCUUCCCGGCUUCCGAAGCUUUAUGAUGGAGUUCUAUUGGGAAUGCUUUACCGUUGCUAGUGAUAUUCUUAGAGCAAUAUCCAUUGGCAUCGGUCUUGGAGACGAACACCACCUGCUCAAAUUACACUCUGGUCAUAAUAACCAACUUCGACUCCUCCAUUAUCCUCCAUUGCCGGCUGCAGCGUUGGAGAACGAACGGUAUGCCCGUAUGCCUGCUCAUACCGAUUGGAGUUCCAUUACCAUACUCUUCCAGGAUGAUUGUGGCGGCCUAGAGGUUGAAAAUAUCAAGCGGCCAGGCCAGUUCAUUAGAGCCACGCCGAUCGAAAACGCUCUUGUCAUGAACGUUGGCGAUCUCCUUCAAAGAUGGAGUAAUGAUAAUCUUCGCUCCACAUCUCACCGCGUUACUAUGCCGCCUUUCACGGAUACGUUCGAUGGACCCAAUCGCAUGGUUAAGGAACGUUACUCGAUCCCCUAUUUUAUCGCUCCGGACCCAACAUCUGUGAUAGAAUGCCUUCCCAGCUGCAUAAGCCCGAGUAAUCCGCCUAAAUAUCUUCCCAUUUCACAAAGCGAAUAUAACUUAAUGCGAGCUAGGAUGCACUACCCGAAUACAGCUACUGAAGCUGGAAGCGGACAAGCUUACUGA